AUGGCGUCUCCUGUCGACGUCCUAAUUAUCGGAGGUGGUCCCGCCGGCCUCACAGCGGCCCUAACUCUCGUCCGCCAGAACCACUCAGCCAUUCUCUUCGACUCAGGCAGCUACCGCAACGGCCGUGCUAAAUACAUGCACAUGAUUCCAACCUGGGACCAUCGCGGCCCGGCUGAAUUUCGAGCAAAAGCAAGAUCAGAGAUCCUGAAUCACCCUGAAAACGUCUCAAUCGAGGGCGUUUACCUCACCAGCGCCCGCAAAAUCAACGACUCCCUAUUUGAAGUCGCCGAUGCCGCUGGCAAGACCUGGCAGGGGAGGAAGAUUAUUCUAGCUACUGGCUCGGAGGACAUCCUCCCUGAUAUUCCGGGUUAUAAAGAUGCUUGGGUCAAACGCAUUUACCACUGUCUCUACUGCGAAGGUUACGAAGACCGCGGGGCCACCAGCUCCGGCGUACUAGCCAUUCAAACAGCCUCGAUCGCGCCCAUGGCCAUCCACCUCGCCGAGAACGCUGCCCACCUGAGCGCCAGCGUGACAAUCUACACACAUGGCUCCGAGGAGCUCAGCACCCAGAUCCAGACAUCUCUGGGCUCCCAGAACAACACGCACAAAAUUUUCAAAGUGGACUCCCGCCCCAUCUCGCGUCUCACCGUCGUCGAGACAGCCGGUACCCACUGCCCGUUCACGAAGACCAAGGGGCCCUUCGCUGAGCAACUGGGUGUCGAGACAACUCCCAGUCCACUCCCUGGAGCGGAGAUGGGUGAUGUGGUGGCUUGUUUCCCAGCGUAUCAGACGAGCGUGAGGGGUGUCUUUGCGGCGGGUGACUGCGUCACGCAGUACAAGGUUGUUGCAGGGGCGAUUUCCAGUGGUUGUAAUGCUGCGGUUGCGGCAUCGACUCAGUUGUUGGCGGAGAAGUAUGGGCAUCCGUCUCUGGUUUGA